UCCUCCGUAGUGUUUAUAGGCGUGAUCGUAAGCUUACCCCGCAGCUGUAGCCCGCUGAUUUUAAGCAGGAUAGACGAAGCAAUCUUUGUUGAUUGUAGCCGUCGUUCUUUCGUUGAAUUCUGCGCGCUAUUCCCGUAGCGAAAAAUAAAUACUGAUUGUGUGAAUCCGCGGCAGCGCUUCUCAGCAUGAAGGAUGGCGCUCUGAAUAACAACACACAAAAGCAACUGGCAGUGCUGUCUAGGCCACCUCGUAUAAGGAAGAGAAAUAGGAGGAUAUUCAAUGACUUCGAGGACACAUCGUACACGCUAUCGAGAUCUUCAGCGCGGAAAUCGGCGCGCAUCGCGUCGCCCAUUUCGCAGAAAACAGACGAUCCGGAAUGGACACCGGACAAGCGGACGGGUAGCCGCAGCAUUAAAAAAGAACCGCCACCGCCUGUUACAAUUCCGGACAAGCGAGUAAUCCAGAAAGUGGGCAUACGGCUGCGGAACCUCCUGAAACUUCCAAAGGCCCACAGAUGGGUCUGCUACGAGUGGUUCUACUCGAACAUUGAUCAGCCACUCUUCUCAGGAGACAACGAGUUUUGCGGUUACCUGAAGCAGUCAUUUCCUUUGCUCAAGACGAGAAAGUUGACAAGGGUCCAGUGGUGCAAGGUCCGUCGAAUCAUGGGCAAGCCUCGGAGAUGCUCGCCAGCCUUUUUCGAAGAAGAAAUCCGGGCACUUCACGAGCGGAGAAACAACAUUCGUCAGGUGCAGCAGCGGAGAACUGUGUCCAUGGAGAACUACACCAGUCUUCCUGAAGACAUUCCGUUGCCGUUGGUGAUUGGGACCAAAGUGACUGCUCGUUUAAGAAAACCACAAGAUGGGCUUUUUGAAGGGUCGAUCGAUGCUGUCGACACACAGACAGCAACGUACCGCACCAAGUUCGACCGGUCAGGCCUUGGCACACAUUCAGUUCCUGACUAUGAAGUCCUGAGCCUAGACCCUCCUGAAACAAUGCCCAAGUCAUCCUUUCUACAAAGGCAACGGCCUAGGCAAGUGUUCUACCUGAGCCCUCCAAGGACGGUGUAUGGCCAUGGACCACAGCUCGAUAAUGAUCCACUCCUAGGUGCCUCUCCACUACGUUCUGGGCUCCAGUCUGUCGAUGAAACAUCUACCGUUGGUGGGUUCCCUGUCGAGUUUCUAACUCUUAUGGUCCAGCUAUCCAAGAUCCUUACUGUAAAGAAGCAGAAAAUUGAAAAGUUAAGAGAUAUGAACACACAAGCUGAGAAGAUGACCUCGUAUGGACAGUUGAUUUCGCCCGAGUUUAAGAAGCGGUAUGCAGCCCUCAUCAUGGAGUUUGAGGCGCUCAACAAAGAUCUGCAGGAAUCCCUGGAAGGCAUCAUGACCUACUGCGAAAGGCUGGCCCCCGAGCAGGGCCUGCAGUUCGACAUGCAGCCACAGGCGAUCCGCAGCAAGUGCCUUAAUGAGGCCCGUGAAUUGAUGCAGCAAUGCGCUGCCCCGGGAGGCAGCAUGGCAGCCACCCUGUCGGCAUCCUCCUCCUCCUCUAACGCUUCCCCUUCAUCGCAAUCUGAGGGGGGUGUCGCGCAGCAAGCGGUCGACUUGGUAGCCAAGCUCACCGCCCUCAUGCUACAGGUCAAGAACCUUUCCCAAGGGGACCUGAACUCGUUUGAGUUGAAAUCUCUCAGUGAAGCCAUGGUGGACAUUCAGAACAGCGUGAGCCAAAAAAACGUUGGUCUUUUUCAGAACAAAGUUCAAAUACACAUCAACCACAUCCAGAACGGUCUGAGCCAGCUGGGGAACCUGCAUGCGUUUACGUCAUCGUCCCAGAACAUCUCCGUCUAAUCCCAUCCCUCAUCCCAGCUGUACUCUUUGCCUAGCCAGCUUCUGCUUCAACGGUUGCACUUAGUGUGGAUUCGUCACCUUUACGUGCUCACAGCCAUUAGGUUUUGUUUUUGUUGUUUGACUUCUGAUGAAGGCCCUCUUCGGGUUGCAGACGCUCUGAGAAUCGGUUUGUGUAAGCAGAUGUACUUUUGAAGCCUUGUAGUUAUUGUGGUGCUGCUCACAAAUGACAUAUAAGAUGAUGCGAGAUUCGACAAGUGAUGGCACGGACCUGUGAAUCGUUGUCGUGGUUUGUGUUGCCUUUUUUCUUUUUUCUUAGGUUGUGCAGGCAUCAGCUCAGUGGUGAUAACUGCUGUGCUCGCUAUAAUUGUGCAAAUAAAAUGCUGUAAGUUAACUUGUGAUUAUGCUGUAACAUAACAAUUCAUGCCAAGUUGGUGCUUCCUUUCAACUGGCUUCACCGUGUAUAUAUUAUAUACUAUACAGAGAGCCUUGCCUGACAGCACUCCUAGGGCAACUACGAAGUCAUUGUCAAUAACCUGCACGCGAGCUUCUGUCAUCUCGGCGCUGCCGCAGCCGCUGUCGGCAGCAGCACACUUGUUGUAACUUCCGUGCAUGCGAUUUUGCUGUUUGUUAUAGAGCCAUGGAAAGUGGUGUGCUGGGCAUGUCAGAUGGUGAAGAUUGUUCGUAAAAGCCGUGUAUGGGGCUGCCAAGGAGUUUGCAUUACGCUUUGGUCUGCCUGUCAUUUUGCUUGAGAGGUAGCGAGGACUUUCGGAUGCCCAUGCUAUGUUUCCUAGGGUUUUCGAGUGGCACGCAAUUAACGCAGCUUUGUUUUUGUACGUCGUGUCCCCUGGAAGGCCCGGUAUCAGGAUACUCCACAAGCUGUGUAUGGGAUUUUCGUCAUAAAGGCGUGAAAAAGUUGGAAAAUGGUUCAUUUUAAGGCUGGGUCGCCGAAACAGCGAGUUAACUGCGUUAUAUAUGUGCAGCAUGCUUGUUUGUUCUCUAAAUUUGUUUCUCUAUUCUUUUUUGGCUGAAAAAAAUUCUGCUUACUACAGUUCACUUAAAUAAUGUCAAUCGCUCACUUUUUCACCCACAAAGCAGCUUACAACUUGUAAGAAUUAGACGAUUAGACAAGGAGGUCUAGGAAUCAUUAACACAAGGAAGGGCUGCUGGUAGAUAUGUAAUUUAAUAUGGAGCCAUGACUCGGUGUGGCGAGGUUAGGAUGCGGCACACAAUGUUGCGCUCCUGUCAGCAAGUAAGUGAUAGGGAACAUCAUUAAGUUUGUGGUACUUUUUGGGAGCAUAGUCAUUCAGAGUUUCAGACAGAAUCUUUAAGGCUACUGCAACAUUGGUUGCCAAAAUUUACUCUUGUUUAGCACGCAGAAAGACUUGCUUCAUUAAAUGGUGCCCUUCAGAAUAAAACCGUCAAGGUAAAAGAAAAAAAAAAUUUUUUUUUUCUUAUCGUGUCUUUUCAUUUCUUUGUGUAUUGUACACGUUGAGGGCUUGGGCCUCAGCAGCCUGAAUUUCUUGAUCUCGUAAGCCUGCUGCUUAUCAACACUGCCGUCCUCAUUUUCUGAUAAGGGAGUGUUGUAAAAAAAAAAGAAGGAACUUGCCGUUUUUGUUUCAAAACUGUUCAAAUUGUUGGAAAGGCAGACAACUUCAAACGUUAUGCAAACAGGCCUUGGUUUUUUGAAGUGGAUGAAAAAAACGCAGCAGAUCCAACAAGUUGUAAUCUAUAUGUUGCGAAGCUUUGUGUGAGCGCAUAGAGAGUCGAAACUGCCAUUUUGUAUUUAUUGAAUGCCUGAAUAAAGCCUUCCAUGUCACUUCAUUCAUAAAAUUGAAUGUCCGCACAAAGUGACACAGAAGGCUUUAUUCAGGCAUUGUAGAGAGGCAAAUGCUGUCGCGGAUGCGCGAAGGCGAGCGCCAUGUGGUGGUGGUGCAGUGGUUGACGAUAAAGAUCGUGGGCGUCCUGGCAUUUUUCUGGUUCUUUUUGUUUUCUUUCCCACGCACGGGCCACUGCCGCGAAUUUGCGGAGGCGAGCGCCAUCUAGUGCUGGCGUAAGGAACCAAGUGGCCAGCAGCGAUGAUGCCGAACACAUCCUCCGCUGUGAUUGGUUGGCCUAUUUGGUGACAGAACAGCCACGCAGUGCCCACGGUCACGCAGUCCCGGCGCGGUUUGCAGAGAAAAGCUUUGUUUUUAAAACAGCACUAAUUAUUGUAUGGUUUUUAUAGUAAUAGAGUCAGUUUUGACUGGGGCUCUCUAGCCUCAAAGAGGGGACGGUUGCUGACGGGGAGCUUUUGAAAGAGCUUUUAACCAGUCCUCUCUAAGAGAGUCCUUCGGGAAUUUCAUGUUUUUAUGUGCAAAUUUUGUGUUACGUGGCAAUAAAUCUAUUUAUUUUCUGAAAAAACCUUUAGCAAAACCAACUGCCGCAAUCAUGUGAGUCAGCAGCGAGUCUUGCAUCCCCCAUAUUUUUAGUGUUUGUGUGUGCAUGUGUUUGGUUUGUUUUUUCUUGAGUUUGUAGAUUUAGCAACUUAGCUUGGUGUGGCAUACUAAUGGAUGCUUGUAAGAGGGGACAGACUGUGGUGGACAUUUUUCUUGUCAUAUUUUUCUCUCACUCACAUUGUGGGCGAGAAUUAAAAGACAGAAGUUGAGCACUCAACUAUUACUGCUUUGCUGGGGAAUGGCAUUACGGACGGUUACAUUGAAGUGCUUAAUAUUGAAAGAUUUGCUGCAGGUACUGUGUUUUGUUAGGAUUGAUGUUAUCAGAUUUCAAAGAAAUGCAAUGCAACUAUUGAAAAUGUGGACAUCUGGUCCUCAUAUAGGGCUCGCUAGCAGGUGGUGGGUCUUCUUUUAGCCAUAUAAGACGUCUAAUAGCAUUUGUCUGAUAAUGUUGUUAACUUGGCACAGCACAUAAUUUUGAUGUCAACCUACAUCUUGGGCGUCUACAAGUGUGAUUAUUUAUGAGCUACUGACUGGCCCUAUUUGUCACUUCAUCACAGUAAACAUCUCACUCUAUUGAAGCAGUUUGAACUGUGGCCAUUAAACUUCCAGAGCAGAAACUAGCAUUGAAAUGCUGCACUUUUGUUGCAAUUUGUUCAGCUCUUGUUAAUGGAUUGCAAAGUGCUUUAUAGGUUUUGUACAGUGCGAGUGACAAUGUUCAUCUCACUUAGCUAGCUGCAGUGAUUUGUAAAGUUUUAUGUCAUAAAAGUGCUUUCAAUGUAGGGUAACAGAAAACUGUGCAGUGAACUUGUCGUCUGCUUGUCAAAUACUGCUUAAAGUAUAGUGUCAUGAUAGUGGCAAAUUUGGGAAUGAAAUAAUUUUAACUAUAAUUGCAUCACAGAACCGUACACUGCAUAUGAAUGCAUACACGCAAGCAUACGAUGUAGCAGUGGAAGCCCAUUGCUACAGCUGUAUAUUGUUAUAAGGGGAUGCACUGUACAAGGAAGUACUGCUGCCUAAGGUUUAUUUCAGAUAAAGGAGGGACGAUAAACAUUGAAGAAUGUAGUGGCAGAACUUAUACCCGUGUCGGACAGGCCAAUACAGUGUCGCAUCAAGACAAUGCCGUCUGUUGAAAGUUGGGUCAUUUUCAAGCAGCUAGGUGAACCUUUUUAUAGAAAUCACUGCAGGACACACUUCACACUAAGUAAGAGGUUGUCCUCUACCACAGUGGUUCAAGGUAAAAAAAAAAAAAGUGGAGUAAUAUCCAGAAUCUAUUUCCCUACUUCGCACUGGUCAUUGGCACCAAAAGAGGGCUGAGCAAUAAUAUCUUGGAUGUCUAAGCAGGAGUAAGGAACGUCAUGUAAAUAAAAAAGUCGGGUAUAAAGAUAUCUUCCUGCUAAGCCGCUGCCUUGUUCAUGCGCAGAUUUCUCACAGUAAGGGACAUUUUGUUGGCCAUUUUUAUUAUGUUUGAAAGCAGGACUAGACUGCAUAAGCCAGAAUAAAUCGGUGUCAUCUGCGACGACGCCCAGCAAGAAGUGCAGGUUUUUCCGAGAGAAACUGUAGAGUCAUUCAUAUCAUUACAGCGAAACAUGGUAUGUGCCAUGUUUCACCAUGGUAGUGACCUGUAGCACCACUGUCUCUUUCACUUAUUUCAACAAAAACUUCCUUGUGGUGCCGUGUCACUGCAAGUAGCGCGCAGCUGAAAUCUAUACUGGAUGAAACAGGAAAGCACUGCCUUUUUAACAUAGUAAUAUUGUAAUGCACUGUGAAUUGCCACCUGUGCAAAAUUUGAACACAAAUGGGCCUGUGGCUUGACUGUAGCCCUCUUAUUUUACCAUCAACAUUUAAGCUUGUCCACUUGUAUUUCACGAGACUUGCGCAUUAGUUUUAGCAUUGGAUGAGGCAAGAGUUUGACCUUGUUACCUUUUGCAAGUCCAAAAGUUGCUGCUUUCUUAAUUUGCUAUGAUUUUUUGACAAAACUUUAGCAGUGUAAUUUCUUUCACUGCAGCCUCACAGCAUGGAUUGUGAGCACAGAUUGAGAAAAAUCUGUGUUCUCGUAAGCAUACCUUAUUUUUCCAAGUUAUGACUAUUAUUUCUUCCACAGAGCAAGUCUAUUGUUUGCACGUGCAACUCUUUUUGCAUUAUUGAGUGUAAACUAGUAGAUGCCAUGACAGCUUAGUGCAGGGCACUUAUUAUAAAAAAAUUUCUUGCAGUGCUGUUUCUUCAGCACCGUGAAUCGGUCAAGCUGUACAAUUUGCAAAGUUCUGGCAACCGUCAUUAGCUCUAAAGCAAAUAAGCUAAGUGAUUGUCUUUUUUCAGUUAACGUAAAUAAUUUAUUAUAUCUUUAGAUGUGCUUGUUUUCUUGGCCACAGAGUCAUAGUAAUUCUUGCAUGCUUAAGUAAGCAGUGCUGGGCUUUCACAUAGUGUUAGGAUGUCUAUGGCAGGAGGAAGUAAGAUCCAAUGUCUCUUGAAUGCCUUUUAUUGCCCUCGAUGUACUAUAUCACAGUCAAAAGAUUGAGCUGCGUGUUCCACAAGAAAAGCUGAAAAUCUUUGAUGGGCUGCAGCUAGGGAAACAGCACUUUGUUGGUCACGUUAACUCGUGCUGGCCACAAAUCUGAUUUCUCGGUCGACAUGCCUAGAUUUCAGAAAUAUUGACUUAUUGUAGAACUAGUGGGCUAUGAAUGUUUUCUGAUAACACAUUAAUUGAUGGGAAGGAGUUCCCCCACCAACAAGCAUCCUUUGGUAUGGCAUAGCUGCUGUAGCAUACAGCCACCACAGGGAUGUCCUCACUCGAGGCACACUGUUCAGUGUUUUUUUUUUUUUUAUUUUUUCGAAUUUGGGAUUUCGCUCCUUGCAUCAUGGUUGCUGUGUCCAGCUGCUUUGAGCCAGAGUGUUUCACUGAAAAAUGUGAAGACACCAGCGUAAGGUUAUGUUCAGAAGGGACAUGUUACUCACGGAACGACAGCCAUUGAUAGCUGCUUUGGCUGGCUGAGUUGUUGGAAGCCAAAUGUGAGAGAAGAGUUAGUCCUUGUCAGUGGCAUAGCCAGAAAUCUUUUUUGGAAUGAGGAGGGACGGGAGAAGGCGGGCAGUCCAUAUACUAAUAAAAUUUCGUGCCCAGUUUGUCACCCCCCUGGCUACUGGUCCUUGCAGUGGAUCACUCUUGCGGACAUGGCAGAGUAUGUAAUUAGAUUUUAGAGCUGUUUUGAAAGCAUCACACUGCACUUAAAUAUCAAGUAGUGGAAAUUGGUUUUUCAUGGAGUUCAGAUGGUCACUGCUUAUUCAGUACUAUUUCUGUUGUUGUAAAAGCCAGGUUUGCUUUUUCUCGCCUAAGUGCACAUUGUUUUACACUGUUGCGAUUCUUGGCAUCAAAGCCAAUGUCGAUAAAAACAUUGAACGAUAACCCCCUAUGAUGGCACCUCUGUUGACAAAUUGCCAGUUGUGCUUAUGUAAGAGAAGUUCAAUGAACAUGCUGGUGUGCUCUUGCUUGUCUUCUGGGGUUGUAGCCAUGAAAUAUCUGCAUCCCUGUGAUGCUCCUCAUCUGAAUGUGUUGGGGGUAACGAAAUGAACCUAGUUGUUCCAGCUUGGAGUUUGUGUGUCUUCAGAUAUUUCAGUAAGGUAUUCACGGCUCAGAGAGGCGCAAUGGAUUUGUACAUUUGCAGUGGGAUAAGUAGGUGUCUUCUGACCGAGUUAUAAGCAUAUGAAGCCUGUAUUGAGGAGGUAUGUGCAUAUGUUGUAGUGUGACAAAGGGUUUAAGGUAUACUGCUUGUGUUGUCUUACCUUAUGGAUGUGAGGUCUGCACUGGAAAAAUUACAAAAAAGUACUAGAGGUAUUUUGCAACAAAUAAAGUUUAUUUACAUGUACUUUU